AUGGCACAACUCUUCACCAUUCAGCUCCCCAUUAACCAAAUGGGUAGCUUUUCUAACAACAGUAUCGACACUUCGAAGACGACCUUGGAUAUCCAGUUGGAUAACGAGGAACUCCAGAAGUUCUUUCUUCAUUAUUCUCAACUGACCUCUAGCCCUCAAGCUAGAACCCUCUUCCAGUCGAAGAUUGACGCCCAAUUGGCCGAGCUUGUCACAAAGCCCGUUUCUUCGACUGAAAUUAUCCCCGCUACAACCACUGGGACGGUUGUGAGCGACGAAUCUAAUGUUUCAGGCCUGAGCUCUGGAAACGGCGCUUCUGAAACCUUGGUAGGCGAUAUUCUCGUCCCCAAGAAGCCAGUUUCCGACCUCUUUGCUUUAAAGAAGGCAAACCAUGUUCCAUUUUUUGGCCCUGACCAAUUCAAGUCUUUUGUGGUUCCACAGGAGGUCUUGGAGUUUCCCGGUUCCAAUUUCUGGUUUGAUAUCUUCUCUAAAAAGCAGGUUGAGCGUCCUUUGACCUUCAAGCCUACUCGGACAGCCCCCAAGAUCACCCUCUUGGUCGAGCAGUUCUCGAGAGAGUACGUUCGUACUCAGAAGGCUAUCAGAGCUCCUGAUGUUUCUCUGAAGUUGGCCAUGUCAACAGUUCAGACGAAGACGGAUGCCUCUGAGAAGGUUCAGAUGGUCAACUUGCAGCCUGGUCUGUACUACCACUUUAAGAGACUUCUCAAGUUUCAAAAGUACUACGAUCAGUACAAGGACUACUUGCCUCUGGUUGAAAGAGCAGAGAAAGCUUAUGGUUUAUCUGGUGAACCAGUUACUGCUCCAAAGCCAAAGACUGUUGCAUUGGAAGAGGCUCCUAUCGUUAAGGUUUCACCGGUUGAAACCAAGAAGCCUUCUCCCAAGACAUCGCCUGUUGAUGUCGCCAAGCCAUCAGUGACUAAACCUGUGUCUGCCAAGGCACCCAAGUCAUUUGCAACUUCCAUUCCAGUUGUUCCUAAGGGACCAGUUCCUUCCAAAGUACCCAAGGUUUCUGCUUGGGGAAAGAAGGUCGAUUACAAGCAAUGGAGGUUGUCUUCUGAUGAUGAUGAGGAGGAGGAGACUCAAUCUGAGACUCCUAAACCCGAGACCACCGUGGUUUCUGAGGCCCCCAAGACUCCUCUGGCUUCUUCCACUGAGGAAGUGAAGCCUGUUGAGCCUGUCACCUCAAAGCAGCCUAGCAGCGAGGAACAGAAGCCCAACAUCACUGGCGGAAAGUUUCAGCCAGGCCAGUACACUCAUUUCAGGAACCUCCUUAAGUUCCAGAAGUACUAUGACUGCUACAAGGGUUACAUUCCUCUUGUUGAGCAGGCCGAGAAGGACUUUGGCUUGACUGACGUUGCUCCAAUCGUCAACCCUUCUUCCAACAAGCCAGUUUCUGUCGCUGAGCCCCUCCAAGUUUCUGAAAUCAAGGAGGAGCUUACUGAAUUAGUUGAGGAGUCUGUUGUUGUUGAUCUGCCAGCCAACAACUUGCAAGUUAGCAGUUUCUCAUACUAUCACCACUUCACAAAGCUCCACAAGCUUUGUGAGUACCACCACACCUACCAUAAGUGCAUUCCUCAGGUGAGUCAGGCUGUCAAGGCUUGUUACUCGCCCAUCGUUGAGAUCUCUCCUGUUGAGAUUAAAAAUGCUUCUACUAGGUUGGUGUGUCCCGCCUCUGAAGGCACUAAGAAAGCCUGUGCUUCUGGUCCUUCUAAGGCUCUCAGGCCUUCGGUUGAGCUUAAGUCGCUUCCUCCCUUGGAUGUCUCUCUGUUGGCAUCCCUUUUGCAUGCUUCUGGUCCAGCCUCAGCUGUUUCUAAGGCACCCGAACCUUCUUUGGUCGCUUCUAAGUCUUUGGAUAAGCCCACGUCGUCUUUGAAGGCCCCCAAACCUUCGGCUACUCCUAAGUCUUCGCCAAAGAAGCCUUCUCCACCAAAGCAGCCUUCUCCUUCGAAGGUGCCUAAGUCUUUCUCGACUUCCAUUCCAGUUGUUCCUAAGGGACCUGUUCCCUCAGCUGUGCCCAAGCUUUCUGCCUGGGGUAAGAAGACGGACUUUAAGCAGUGGAGAUCUUCUGACGAUGAAGAAGAUGAUAAGACCGUUCCUGAGACUGUUGUUGUCUCCAAGACUACUGAGGUGCCUGAACCUCCCAAGACUUCUUUGGCUUCUGUUCCUCCUAAGGAAGAAGUCAAGCCAGUGGACUCUCCACUGAAGACUCUGUCCGGUAGAAGAUUGCAGCCGGGCCAGUAUACUCACUUUAGGAACCUUCUCAAGUUCCAGAAGUACUUUGACUGUUACAAGUCGUAUGCUCCACUUGUUGAACAAGCCGAAAAGGACUACGGUUUGUCUGACGUCGCUCCAAUUGUGGAUCCUUCUUUGAGCAAGCCUGCUCAGCCUGACACUGAACUCCUCCUCCUUCCUGACCUUAAGGAAGAGGUUGAGGUUGUCGAGAAACCUCAAGUUGUUGAUCUUCCUACCAACAACUUGCAAGUUAGUUGUUUCUCCCAUUACCAUCAUUUGAAGAAGCUUUUCAAGCUUCUUGACUAUUGUGGGACUUACCAUCAGUAUGUUCCUCAAGUGACUCUGGCCGUCAACGCUUGUCACACUCCUUUGAUUGACAUUCUUCCAGUUACACUUCAAGGAGCUUCCAUCAGCUUCAAUAUUCCCAAGAAUGUCAUCUUUCCCAUUCAUAAAGAAUUGGUACUUCUUGAAUGGGCCAAGAUUGAUGUACCGGUUGCAUCCCUGGAUGAGUCCUCUUCAAACUCGUCCCCUGUUCUUUCAGACGACAAUUUAAUUCCUGUGGUUUCCCUGUCUCCAGAUGCUGAAUCCCCCAAAGCAUCAAAAGACGAAGCCCAUUGCAUUGAGACCCUGGUGGCCUCUCCCGUCCUGAAAAGACCUAAAUCGCCGUCAGCCUCCAAACUCUCCUACCCUAGUCAUAUGUCUUCUAAGGAAAAAUUAAGAAGGGAGAGAAGAUUGAGAGCUGCGGGAAACAAAAAAGUUCCUGGUUCUCCGUUGUUGGGAGACCUUUCGCCACUUCUGAUGAAGACUGGUUCUGUUAAGACAUGA